GUCCCGUCUCUUUUCUCUCCUUCUUCCCAAGGCCCCCCCAAUCCUGCUGCGUCUCUUGUUCAUUGCCUGCCGGUUUCGUUUCUCGAUUCUUUGUAGCUGGGCGCCGGGCUUCAACGUCACCUCUGGCAGGAAAAAAACUAUUUAAUUCCUCCUCGACUCUUCUUCUCUUCUCUCCUUCUUUCUUCCUCCUCCUCGAAACCUUUCUCUCUCCUCCUCUUCUGCUGCUGCUUCAUCUUGCAUCUUCAUUUGUUUCAUACAGAAGAGAGAUCAAGGCCUUCUUUUUUUGGCCCUUUGUCUCUCGCUGUUUGCUGCUUCCCCCGCUCUUAUCUGAUUCUCUCUCUCUUUGUCUUGCCCAUCUGCCUGUUUGCCAACAACGUCGUGUCUAUCCUCGCUGUUUGCCCUGCCUGCCCUGCCAGAGAGUGCUUCUGGCCACGGCGUCUUGCCCCGCUAUCGAACCCAGAGAUUCAUGGGAACCAUGUGCCUGGGCCCCGCCCCACGAUGAACAACCCUCAUGACUAUCUUAUCUCGAGCGCUCCCUCGCGGCCGAUAGAUCCUGACAAUGCCGAUAGUUGGGUUAUGCUCAACCAGGGCGGAUUCGUGAAGCUGGGCAAUGAACGAAUCCUGUACAAGCUCGAUUCACGCAUAUCAUGCGAACUGUCCGUCCCUCCCGAGCUAAAAGAUCGCUGCGUCCCGUUCCAGCGCAAGAGUGACAGGGGAGCUCUCUUCCUAACCAACAAGCGGGUCGUUUAUAUCCCCUCAAGGCCAACCCAAGAGCCCAAGUUCGAAUCCUUCAGCGCCCCCAUUCUAAAGUUUCAAGAUUCAACCACCUCGUCGUCUAUGUGGUGGGGAUGGGUCUGGAAAUCAGACUGCAUCCCCGUGUCAGGAGGUGGCAUUCCGCCUGAGAUACCCCGAGUCGAAGUCAAGUUCACCUUCUCCGAUGGCGGCAUGAUGGAAUUCAACGAGGCUUACGUCGGCUUGCGCGAGCGUCUGUUCCAAUAUCAAGAAAUGCGCCGCGAGUUAGACGCCAGCACUGAGGUUCCAGACGAACCUCUGCCUGCCUACUCGGCCGAUGGCGAUGGCCAGCAGCAGCAGCAGCAGCAGCAGCAGCAGCCGCCCUCAUCGUCGGAUCAGCUGACUGUCCCACGACCCAACCGCUCAGACAGCUCUUCCAGUCGCCGUGCCCCCAACGAGCCGCCGCCAAACUACGAUGAGGCGCAAGCGCAGCAGAUCAGCAACCGACUAGAAGACCACAUCCGCAAUGAGGUUGACCGAGGGGCUGAAGAAGAGUAGGCAGGAUAAUGAGUGCUCUGUAGCGAAAGCGUUUUGGGUGAAGCGAAUAAUGAGACUACGAACUAUCUCUGUGUGAUUUUGUGCUUGAUUCUCUUUGUACCGGACAAGCUAGACAGUUGUUCUCGACGGAGCUGCCCUGUGUGUAAUCUUACGCUCAGCGAGCAACUUGAAAAAAAAAUAGAUUUUUUUCUUCUUCACUUUCUAAUUGUGACGAUACCUCCCUCUAAUGGGCGCCGUUUGAUUUUUACCGUCUCCUUAUGGGCUAUCUCUAUUUACUAUUUGAAUUUUUGCAUUGUUCCUAGCUAUGCUUGAACUUGCUGCUACUGUUCGUUUGGCGCCUAUGCAAGUAUGCGACCAAGGCAAGCCACGAUGGAUUAUCCCUCAACUGCUACACAUGCGAGCUUUGGUGGUGAAAAGAUGCGACCAAUUCAUAUAGUUGCCAACUUCGCUCGAUCAGU